AUGGUAACUACUUUACCUAACUACGGAGUAAAGAUCGGGGCAUCGGCAGUGCAAACUUUUAACGGAGGCAAUGCAAUGGAUUCACAUUCAGAAAGCGGCGCCGCUCUUUCUGGGACGUCAGUGUCAAGUAGCUCGACAAGUGAUGCUUCAACUACUGUAACGGUUGUCAGCAACGGACCUGGUAUAACUAAAGAACAUGAAGACGUGACUGUUCCUUCAGGUUCAAACACAGUUAUUCAGGCACCUUUAGGAAACUCACAGAGUGUUACCACGUCAAGUUCGGGGAGUGGAACAACUGUAACAGUUGAUAGGCCGUCUAUGCAAACUGUUGGCUCGGGUCUGACGAUUAAUGGGAGUAAUACUGCUCUGACAACUGCAGCAAAUGUAGCUAACCAGUCAGCUUCGACUGCAUUAGGAUUAACCUCACAGACUCCUUUGUUGAGCAGUAACCCAUCAUCCGGAUCUUUGUCUAUAAGUACAGGGGUACUAAUCAAACCCGAAUCGCCUAAAACAGUUAUCCAAACAAGUGCUCAAAAUGUUUCUCCUGGCGCAAUUGUAAGCACAGGCAACGUGACCCUUGGUCAGCCGCUGCAAAGUUCACCGACGAUGGGCAAGAACGUUGUUCUACAGGCAACAAGGGCAGCGACUCCAGCAACUGUUGCGACUACUCCUGGAGGGAUCCGAGCCAUCGCGCCACAGGUGUUGGCUCCACGACUCCCUCAAAGCUCUGCGAACCAGGCCAACGUCCAGAACAUUCAGCUACCUCCAGGUAUGGUGCUUGUGCGGAGUGACAGUGGUCAACUCUUGAUGAUCCAUCAGCAGAUGUUAGCUCAGAUGCAGGCCCAGUCCCAGGCCACACGACCUGCGGUACCUGCAGGUACCGCCCAAGUCCAGAUCUCCACAGCUCAGGCACCUGGGACUCCCAUCAUUACCAGACAGGUGAACCCCACCAGCAUAAUUAAGCAGGGUUCCCCUGCUCCUAGCAGUAUGCCUGUCACCACCACCCUUCAGAGGCCUCCUACCCUUCAGAAUCCUACCUCUGUGGCGACAACAUUGCCAGUGCAGGCAGGUGUCACCCAGAGGACUGUUACGGCAUCCGCAGGGACCACCGUCGCCCUGGCAACGGAGACCAUGGAGAACGUGAAGAAAUGCAAGAAUUUCCUGUCCACGUUAAUCAAACUUGCAUGCAGCGGGAAGCAGUCAUCAGAAACUGCGGCCAGUGUUAAAGAACUAGUGAAGAGUUUGCUUGAGGGAAAAAUUGAGGCAGAGGACUUCACCAGCAAGUUAUAUAAGGAGCUUAACUCAUCUCCUCAGCCUUACCUUGUGCCUUUCCUUAAGAGGAGUGUUCCAGCUCUUCGCCAACUCACUCCAGACUCCAACGCUUUCAUCCAGCAGAGUCAGACCCCACAGCCCAGAGUCGCAACCACUCAAGAGGUCACCAUCACUAGUUCACGUCUGAUCUCAUCGCCUGUCAUCUGUAAACCAGGACAACCUGCCUCCCAGGUCCUGCAGCCUCAGCAGCCUGGAGUGGUAGUGAAGUCUCCCCAGGCCACCCUCACGGCCGCCGGCCCCAUGGUCCCGCUCAGGGCUCAGACUCCCAGCCGUAUUGUGGUGGGACAGCCUCAGGUGCAGAUAAAGCAAUUACAGACAGUACCCUUGAAGCAAGGAGUCUUUACCGGAGCAAAGUUGCUUACCACAACCUCCCUGUCUGCAGUUGCUCCACAGAACAAUAAAGCAAAGGAUGCAGCAGGAGGAACUUUUAAGGAUGACGAUGACAUCAAUGAUGUGGCCUCCAUGGCAGGAGUCAACCUGUCUGAGGAGAGUGCUCGAAUCCUGGCCACAAACUCUGAGCUGGUCGGGGCUGUGAUGCGGUCCUGUAAAGACGAGACUUUUCUCUUCUGCACAGGACUCCACAGGAGAAUGCUGGAUAUAGGUAAAAAGUUUGGGAUUACAGAACUGGGGCCAGACGUGGUGAACUUGGUCUCUCAUGCCACACAGCAGAGACUCCAGAGCCUUCUGGAGAAAGUUUCUGUGAUUUCUCAGCAAAGGAACAUAUCAUUUAAGGACGACAGUCGCUAUGAGCAGGUCAGCGACGUUCGUGCUCAGCUCAAGUUCUUUGAGCAGUUGGACCAGGUGGAGAAACAGCGGAAAGAGGAGCAGGAGAGAGAGAUUCUUAUGAAGGCAGCUAAGUCACGAUCUCGACAAGAAGAUCCUGAACAGUUGCGGUUGAAACAGAAGGCCAAAGAGAUGCAGCAGCAGGAGCUUGCCCAGAUGAGGCAGAGGGAGGCCAACUUGACAGCACUGGCUGCUAUUGGGCCUAGGAAAAAAAGGAAGUUGGAUGCUCUUGCUCAGGGAACUGAUGCUGAGGGUUCAGGCUCGUCUGGGAGUUUGUUGGCAGGCUCCGGCACGGGCACAUCCAGGCAGUUCACGCGUCAGCGCAUCACUCGUGUUAACCUCAGGGAUCUACUCUUCUGCCUGGAAAAUGAGAGAGCGACCAGCCACUCUAGACUGCUUUACCGCGGCCUGCUCAAAUAGCACCCAAUCCCACUUCUUCUCUUUCUCUCUUCAUACUUUUUAGUUACCUUAUACU